GUUCAACGAAACCGAAACCAAACUUUCAAGUAUCAUUUUUACCCAAUCCUCCCUCCACUGGAGAAAAGGUUAACAUUACUAUAUCCGGAAAAUUUUCGGAAGAUGUCACCGAAAAAACCAUGAUUGUAGUUUUAUUAUUGGAUCGACAGAAUCAUCAACUACUAGGAGACUCUUUUAAUUAUCCUGCAUGUGGAACUGGAUGUACUAAAGCUGGUGACCCGUAUUCCCGAACGGUGGAAGUUCAAAUACCAAAGGCUGAUCAUUUCGUUGCGUUUAUUGUGGUUUAUAAUUCAGAAACUGAUAUUCUAGGCUGUUCAG